GUUCCAUGUUCCAUCAGUGUUGACAGUUCAUUGCAAAGGCCACAAAAUGUACUAUUAGGUUAGGUAAUCAAAAUUUCCAUUAAAAUUACGUAAACCACCAAAAAAUGCAGAUAAAACGGUAAUGAGAAUGAAAUUUUCAUUCAUAAACGAUCUAUUACUAAAAUAGGAUAAGAAAUGGCUAGAGCAGACUUGAAAAUUUUAAAUAGUAACUUAGUCAAAGGAUGUAGCUCAGCUUUUAUUUCAAAACUAAACUAUUCUCUUAAGGUAAAACACAAUAUCCCAUCUGAAGGCCCUGUAGAUAUUUUGCAAAGGAAGAUAUGUGCCAAAGAGUUACAGAAAGAUGAUGUCCAAAUGAAAAUUGCUGAAAACUUACAAACAGUAUAUGAGGAUAUAAAGCACUAUAAACCAGUAAAAAGGGGAUUAUUUAAUACCAUUUUUGGCAAUAAACAAAAAGCUCCCAAAGGGCUUUAUAUCUAUGGAGCAGUUGGUGGAGGGAAAACAAUGUUGAUGGAUCUCUUUUACAAUAGUGUAGAAAUAAAAUCAAAAACUAGAGUACACUUCAAUGCAUUUAUGAUAGAAGUACAUAAGAAAAUGCAUGAAUUAAAACAGGAAAUUGUAGUAGAUUAUUCACAACGAAAACCAAAACCUUUUGAUCCUAUUCCUCCAGUAGCUGAUAGAAUCAUAGAAAAAUCUUGGUUAAUAUGCUUUGAUGAGUUUCAAGUUACAGAUAUAGCAGAUGCAAUGAUUCUGAAACGACUUUUUACACAUUUAUUUGACAAUGGAGUUGUUGUGGUAGCCACCAGCAAUAGACCACCAGAUGAUUUAUAUAAAAAUGGUUUACAGAGAUCAAACUUCUUACCUUUUAUAGAUGUGUUAAAGAAACACUGUAAUGUAGCUACUUUAGACUCAGGAAUAGACUACAGGCUGAAAUCAAUUGGUGCAAAGACAAAUUAUUUUAUUAAGUCACAAUAUAAGCUAGAUCCAGUAGAAAAAAUUUUUAAAGCCAUAAUUGCAAAAGAAAAUGAUGUUGUGAGGAGCAGAACCUUUACAAUUCUAGGGAGGAAUGUUACAUUUGGAAAAGCUUGUGGAGGUGCUUUAGAUACUAACUUCGAAGAAUUGUGUGUGAGAGCCCUUGGAGCUAAUGACUAUCUUCACUUGACACAAUUUUUCCACACAAUUAUUAUCAGAGAUAUUCCUAGAAUUGAUCUCACUUUAAUGAGGUCUGAGGCAAGACGUUUCAUAACUCUUAUAGAUGCUUUAUAUGAUAACCAAACAAAGGUCAUCAUAACAGCUGAUGCUCCUAUAAAAGAAUUAUUUUUUGUGCCAGAAAAUAGGGACAAAAGUAUCACAGAUGACCAGCGAAUGUUAAUGGAUGAUUUGAAAAUUGGGGACCAAGAUUUGUCUGCCAAUAUUUUCACAGGCGAUGAAGAGAUUUUUGCGUUUGAUAGAACUGUAUCAAGGCUGACUGAAAUGCAAAGUGAAGACUACUGGGGUGGAAAAAAUAAAUGAAAUAUAUUUUGUUUUUUUCUUUGGAUGCUUAUAGAAUUUUUUAUAACAACAAAAUUUAGAAAACUUGUAAAAAUAUAAUUUGCUCUUUUCGAAAUCUUCAUAUCCUUGUGAUAAAAGUGAUAGAUAUGAAAAAAAAUUAAUGAUCACAGUAAAAAGAGUUAUAAUUGUUUAUGCAAAAUAGGUUGUUAAAAAUACUGUUAAAGAUUAAAUUGGAUUACUUAAUUGUUAUAUCAGUAUUUAACUUAUUUUUAUUUAAUAAUUUAUUGUUGUGUUUGAAAAUUAUGGUCAAAUAAACUAUUUUAUUAUAUUGCAUUGUUGCACUUAUGAAGUGUAUUUAUAAAUUUAAUUAACCUAUCAUUACUUAAUCUAACUUUUCAACAAGAAAUAAUAUGAAAUCCAGACUGAUGUUCAUCAGCGUUUAUGGGUGCAACAUAUAUCUCAAUUUAUAAUAAUAAUACUGAAUGAUCCUGUAAAUCUAAUGUACAGGAUUAUUAUUACCGCAUUUCAUACAGUUUGCACAUUCCCUAAAAGUGUACUAUUCAUUAUUGUAAAAAGGAUUAACUAAAUUCUUGAAACAUUUUUGUGAUCCUGAUUAUUUAAUCUGGUCGAUCUAAUGCGUAAUCGACGCUACAUUCUGAGGGAUUAAACCAGAAUAGUUUUUCAUUUGAUCGAAAUUUGUAGAUUUUUUGUAGAGUUAUUGAUUUAAAACAUAUUUUUAAUACCGAUUGUUGCCUACAUAAUCUUGUAAUGCAUAUAGUUCUAUGUCAAAUAUAUAUUUCUCUAUUCAAGA